UCCAUUCCUUAGUCCCUGUCCUAGCUGAGGAUCAGCGCAGACCCUGUCCUCCACGCCCCCCCCUGACCCCGGACCAGGACGCAGACUGGCUCCCCAGCCUCACACUGUGACUCAAUUGCACUCACCCCAUCCUGCCCCCGCGGCCGGAAUUGAAGUUCUCGAAGUCCAAGGACUUUGCGAGCUAGACGGCGCCGGGACUCCAAGACCGCACGGGUGGCAGGCAGAUUCCCCCCUUUUGCCUGUGAGUCAUGGCAGCUCCCAUGAAGGGCCAAGUGUGCGUGGUGACUGGUGCUUCCAGGGGUAUUGGCCGCGGCAUCGCCUUGCAACUCUGCCAAGCGGGUGCCACAGUUUACAUCACCGGCCGCCAUAUGGACACCCUGCGGGCCACUGCUGAGGAGGCACAAUCUCGAGGAGGCCAGUGUGUGCCUGUGGUGUGUGAUUCAAGCCAGGAGAGUGAAGUGCAAAGCUUGUUUGAGCAAGUGGAUCGGGAACAGCAGGGGCGUCUGGAUGUGCUGGUCAACAACGCCUAUGCCGGAGUCCCGGCAAUUAUGAAGAACAUUAACAAGGCAUUCUGGGAAAUCCCUGCCUCCAUCUGGGAUGAUAUCAACAACGUUGGACUCAGAGGCCACUACUUGUGCUCGGUGUACGGAGCACGGCUCAUGGUUCCAGCUGGUCGGGGGCUCAUCGUGGUCAUCUCCUCCAUUGGGGGGCUGCAGUAUCUCUUCAGUGUCCCCUAUGGCGUGGGCAAAGCUGCGUGCGACAGGCUGGCUGUGGACUGUGCCCAGGAGCUGCGGCGCCACGGGGUCAGCUACGUGUCUCUGUGGCCAGGAUUGGUGCAGACAGAACUAAUGAAGGAGGUCGUGGUGAAAAAGGACAAUACUGAUGAUCCCCUGUUGAAGCAGUUGAGAUCUAAUUUCUCCUCUGCGGAGACCACAGAAAUGAGUGGCAAAUGUGUCGUGGCUCUGGCAACAGAUCCCAAUGUCCUGAGCCUGAGUGGGAAGGUGCUGCCAUCUUGUGACCUUGCCCGGCGCUACAGCCUUCAGGAUGUGGACGGCCGCCCCGUCCAAGACUACUUGGCUUUGAGCUCGGUCCUCUCCCAUGGCUCCAUCCUGGGCUGGCUGGCCUCCUACUUGCCUGGCUUCCUCCGUAUGCCCAAGUGGAUUAUGACCCUCUACGCUAGCAAGUUCUAACCCUCCUGGCCUGACGUCAUGCCUCUGCCCUCCCUUGGGCUCCGUGGUAAGGCCUGUCUCAGUGAAGCAAGGCAGCCUCUCCUGCCUACCUCAUACCCUUAAGAGGAAGAGAAGGCCUCCACUCUGCGUCCUGGGUGAGCCCUGCGGGCCCUUAUGGAUCCUCCUUUAUGCCUUAAUUUUACUUGCCCCUACAUUUCACUUUUUGCCUUAGUAUUGAAAAACACCCUGGGGGCUAAUAAAAGUCUCAUUUCUCUUUCA